GCACCCCUGCAAAAAGAAGUGUCCUCUACAAGCUUUCAGCAUAGGAGAGAACGAAGACGACAUGUUGUACAAUUCCUCCUUUACAACUUGAUUUUUUUUCCCGUACUGUGUUUGUUUUUGGACUAAGUUUCCACUUCGUUUGGAUGGACACAGCGGGUGUGAAAAUAUGAGGAUGACCAUCGGUUUCCAUGGCGGAUGAUGUCCCACAAUGAACGCAGAUUUUCAAAAUCCACUGCAAGUUCCUCGACCAAAGGUCCGCAGUCAUCUGACCAUCAAGGUGCAGUCCAAGCUGAUGUCAAAGCCUUGUCCUCCUGUCCGUGGUCCAAAACCUCCUGUUGCCCCCAAACCCAGACCCCUGUCUGAGCUUCAACCACAAACCCUCAGUAACGGAGACCUGACUCAUUCUGAUGGGGAAACUGAAGACCUUCACGAAUUGGCUGAGGAGGAGCAGGAGAAAAAGGAGAAAAGGGAGGCACAGGACAAAGUUAAUGACAAUGGGACCACAGACAAUGGCAGAGAUAACUGGGACGAUGUAACAGAGAAAGAUAUUGUAGAAGAAAUGGGGGAGGAAGGAGAGUCAUUAAGUUAUGCUGCUGAGACAGAGAGUGUUGGCUCUGAGGACACAGUCAAAGCAGCUGAAUCUAUUGUUGACACUACUGAGGAUGAAAAUACUGACGAUGACUUGAACCAACACCAAGACGACAGGAAUGACACGUUAACGUGCACUGAUCACACAGAUAAUGACAAUAAAUCAACAUCUUCACUUGUUCAAAAUGAAACUGGGGAUGAGAGAGAGAAGGAGGAAGAGGAUGAAUAUAGUGUUAGUGAACAGACUGAAAAAUCUGGAACUCUGACAGAAACACUAGAUGAACAUGUAGAAGAACAAAGCCUGGAUCAAAGGCAUCUUCUCAAUCAGUGUGUCAAAGAGAAUGACAGUGGACUUAAUGCAGAUUGUUUGCAAUGUGAAUUGCUCACUGGUGAGACUGAGAUGGAAGCCAGAGUAUUCACAUUUGGAGCUCAUUUUAGCAUGCUUCCAACUGUGAAUGAAGAGUAUCCAUAUGAUGUAAUUGGCCCCACAGAUGAUGCCAGCGAUACAUGUGAGUCAUGUGACCCGACUGAAACAGGGGAUACAGAAGCAUGGCAACCAGAACGGGCCACUAAGGAUCCCUCUGGGCGUUUUCGAUUCACAGCCAGCACUGAGGAUGUGUUCGGGCCUUACUCCGUCAUUGAAGCUGUGCCAUCUGAUCCAGCCAGCACUGCUGACCCUGAAUGGGUUGAGGAUGACACUGACAGCAAACCAUCAAAUGAUCUGGAGACUGCUGGUGCUUCUAACCAAGAGCCUUACUAUGUGUCAUCAGAUGAUGUGGACAAGCUAGAGGAUAAACAAGCCUUCUCAGGGCAGGGUGAAACUCAGGAGGGCACAGAGCAGUCCAGUCAGUACAAAGACAAAGAAAAGGAUAGUGAGUCAGUGGAUGAGUAUGCGGACAUUGAUGAUUCUCUCAAUCUUGAGGCUGAUGACUUCCAGCAGUUGGAGUGUGUUUCCUCAGAGGAUUAUGUCGAAAUUGGGGAUGAGGAUGAAGAGGAGGACAGUGAAAAGAAACAAGUCAAAGGAAAGAGUGCAAAAGAGAGAACAGCCAGACGAGAGCAGGCUUUCCUCAGCCAGAGGAGCAGCUGCCAGCCACGCCUCAGGCUGUGCAAUAUCACAGUGCCUGCAGACCUGGACCUGGGCCGGACCCCCGAGCUCACCAACAGGGUGGUGUUUGCCCAUACCACUGAGGCCUUUGAAGAAGAUAUAGAGGAACUGGACUGCCAUAUUGUGCCUUAUUAUGAAGACACAGACUCAGACAGCGAAGAGCAUAUAUAUGAAGAGGCAGGGUUUGACUCAGAAGGGGAGAACUUUAUGGCACUUGACCGGAAGACCAUAGUCACACGAUCACGUUCUUACUCUGGUAAAGUUCCAGGUUAUGUUCCUGAGACUGUUCCAGAGGAAACAGGGACUGAAUACCAGACUCAUGACUACUGCACAGUGGCUUUGGAUCAGAAUGGUCAACCUCUCAGUCGUUCAGAGGAGCAGGUGGUCAACCGUUUGAUCCCAUCUCUGAAGCCUCGUCGCUUCCUUUUAUACUCACGCUCUGCAGAGGGUCCAGAAUUGUCCUUGACCAGUCCCACAGAGACUGGUCAAUCCCUUAUUGGAGAGGGCAGGAUGAAGAGGAAGGAUGAUACUCUCUCGCUCCCAUGUGUCAUAACUUCAUCUGGAAGCUUCUCCCAGCGAAGCCAUCAGUCAUCCAGUGGUGUUUCCACACCAACCUCUCUAGUGGACAUCCCACCACCCUUUGAGCUGGCAUACAUCACAAAGAGACCAGUCACCAAAAGCUCCCCUUCCCUUCUUAUCCAGCAUGAAACCAGUGAUAAACCUAAAAAGAAGAAGACCUCAUUCAAGCGCUUCCUGGCCCUCAAGUUCAAAAGGAAGACAGAUUCAAAAGGUUUCAGUGAUGGCAGUGUCCGCUCUUCACGCUCUUCCUCUGAGUCUAGCCACCAUGGCCCAGUCAGAGUCAUAGAGCUGGACCACAGAAGCACCAGCAGCUCUCCUCAGCUCCAGUCCCAUGUAGUGAAGCCCCAGCAGCGUCCUCCAGAUCUGCCAUCCACUUUUCUUCUCUACAAAGACCACCAGAAGAGGAAAGGAGACCUCAAAGCCUACAGUGGCAGGGGCGUUUCCAGAGUGGAGUCUUUCGAGGAGCGCUCUUGCCGCCCCCUUGUACCACUGCCUUUGACCAAACCUCGCUCCAUCUCUUUCCCCAGUGCAGACACCUCAGACUAUGAAAACAUUCCAGCCAUGAGCUCUGACUAUGAGAACAUUCAAAUCCCAGGCAGACCCUCCAGAGCCCUCACUGUAACUGAGUUUUUUGAGGACCAAAAUCGUAUGACAAUACCCUGUAAUGAGAACGAUGGCUACGUUGACAUGAACAGUUUCCCUGGAAUCGACAGCAAACCCCAGUCACCUAAAGAGGAGACAGAAAGUGCUUACACAGAGCCUUUCCCAAUGAGCUCUAUCUCCGCCGGCCUGUCAGCUGAGGAGGACCAUGGGCGAACGUCAGAGGAAGAGGAGGGCGGUACAGAGCAAGGUUAUGACCGACAGAUUGAUGGGCGAUCCCGAGCGUUCUACGUCGCCAAAGAGCUCGUCGACACAGAGAGACUACAUGUCAGUGCCCUCAAGCAGCUUCAAGAGGACUUCAGGUCAGCGGUGGUGGAGGCAGUGAGUGAGGAAGGGGAGCCGGUGUUGGAGGAGCACAGGCUGGAGGAGAUUCUGGGCGUGCUCCCUCAGGUCUACACUCUCCACAGCAACAUCCUCACUGAGCUGGAGGAACACAUCAGUCAGUGGGAGGAGAGCCCGAGGGUGGUCGAUGUGAUCCUGUCACGUCGCGAGGACUUUGGCGUGUUUGACACCUACAUCUCUGAGUAUGAUCGCAGCAUGAGCUUGCUGGAGGAAAGCUGCAGGAGCAACCCUGCCUUCGCCAGCAUCGUCAAGAAGUUUGAGACACAGGGUCCAGAUGGAGCUGACCCAGUCCCACUGAAACACCAGCUGCUGCAGGUUAUAGUGAGAGUGCUCCAAUACCGCAUGCUGCUUACAGAUUACCUGAACAACCUCUCUCCUGAUUCAAAAGAAUAUGAGGACACACAAGCUGCCUUGGUGAUCGUCUCUGAAGUGGCAGACCAGGCCAAUGACAAUCUAAAACAGGGGGAGAACUUGCUGCGUCUGGUGCACAUAGAGUACAGUGUCAAAGGCAAGAGGGACCUCCUGAAGCCUGGAAGGGUGUUUGUCAAAGAGGGCACGCUCAUGAAGGUCUCAAGAAAAAGCAGGCAGCCCCGACAUCUGUUUCUGAUGAAUGACAUAAUGCUGUACACCUACCCUCAGCAGGAUGGGAAAUACAGGCUGAAGAACACCCUGUCUCUAUCCGGGAUGAAGGUGAGCAAACCCGUCCUGGACAACGUGCUGAACUGUCUGAGGAUCGAGAUGUCUGACAUCACCAUCACACUCUCUGCCAGCUCAGUCGGAGAGAGGGAAGACUGGUUCCACACGCUGAGUCGAGCCAUAGCGGACCACGCUGCAGGACUCUGUACGUUUGGUGGACCCUGCAGUGAGGCCCGUGAGAAGCUGUGGAUGGCUCUGGGCGAGGCAGCUCCAGUCCUGGUGCCAGUGUCCCAUGUGAUGAUGUGCAUGAACUGUACCUCCGACUUUAGCCUCACACUGAGAAGACACCACUGCAACGCCUGUGGCAAGGUGGUGUGCCGUGCUUGUUCCAGGAACAGAUACCCACUGAAGUACCUCAAAGACAGGGUGGUCAAAGUGUGUGACCACUGUUACGCUGAGCUCAGGAAAAGAGGUGGCAGUGUGUCGGGGGCCUGUGGUAACUCCAGCCCUCGGUCUCACCGGGCCAGCCGUCCUCUCUCCGCUGUCUUCCAGAGUCUGCAGCCCCCAAGUCUGUGGAAGAGCAGAAAGAGCACUUCACCUCUCAACCAGGUGUCACUGGGGGCCGAGGGCUCCACCAUGAGCGGCAGCCUACAGCGCCGAAAGAAGAGCAAGAGGAAGUGGAAGCGGUUGUGGUUCCUCCUCAAAGACAAGGUGCUCUACACCUUCACAGCCCGUGAGGAUAAAGUGGCUUCAGAGAGUCUCCCUCUGCAGGGUUUCACUGUCAAGCUGUCUGAAAGGCCAGAGGGAGAGGAGAGCAGCAAUGUGUUCCAGCUCUACCACAAAAAAACACUCUACUACACCUUCAGAGCAGACGAUCAACACACUGCACGCAGAUGGGUCAAUGCCAUGGAGGAGGCGACCGUUUUAUAGCACCUACAGUAUCCAAUUAAAUGCACAAGCCCUGCUGUCCAUGACUGCUUGAACUCAACCCCUCUCCCCUGUGGAGUACAACAUAGCUACCUGCUGCACCUGAAACGAGAACAUCAGUAAGGAUACAGAGUCUGCCCUGCUGUGGAUUACUAUGUGAGGAUUAAAUGACCACGCCUGCCACACCUGCCGCCUAGUGGUAGAAGGGUGGUGAACACACCAUGGUGGAGGGAGCCCUGUGGAUGCAACUGAGUGGAGAGGAAAGUGUUUUAUGGAAAUUUAUUAUUGGAGUGUGAUCUACCACAUAAUACCUUUUUGGUUCAGAUGCACUGCUACAGGAUCAGCGUGGACAUACUGCAUGUUUCAUCAAACAUCCUGUGAUUAGUAAAUUUUAGUGCCAUAGCUGCAUUUCUUUUUUUUUUCGAUAUCGGUCUCACAUAUGCAGCUGCUACUAAGGAUGCUCUGCGUCUUUUUUUCCCCUGGAAGAAAACUUCACGUCCUUCACGUUUGUACAUGCAACGUCAUUUUAUGUCCUGUGACAGAUUUAACUGCAUUUUGCUGCAGCACAAAUGCAAAAAUAUUAGAAAAAACAUUGCUCCAUAUUAGUAUUUACAGCUAGUAUAAGGGAAAAUUAAUUGCCACCAUUUUAGAAUAUCUAAGAGAUAUUAGGUAUUUUGAAUAUAUAUUGUUAAGUACGCAAUGCAGAUAUUGAGGUCAGUUAUAUGAUUUAUUUGUACAUAAAUGAUGUUACAUGAUGUUUUGAGUAACAGGUCAUUUAAUCAUCACGGUGUGUGUACAUUAUACUUCUUGUGUAGUUUUACACAAUGUUACUCUUGUAUUGAAAUGACCCUCAGCAUGCAAACUAACAGUACAGUAUUUCUACGAUGUUGACAAGUU